GGCGGCAUGUCGCUGGCGCGGAACGUGGCUCUCCUGCGCAGGCGCGAGCUGCGGGCGAGCACGGCGCAGCACGACGAGGCAGGUGCGGGCUGCGAGCCCAGCGCGAGCACGCAGCCCGUCGCCUCCCUCUUCGACCGCAAGCUGGGCGUCGUGCAGAAGCGCCCCCCGCCCGCGGAGGAGGAGUGCGGCGGCCCCCAGCCGGCGCCCGCAGCCGCCUUCCCCGCGGGGGCGCCGGCGCCGCCCUUCCCCGAGGAGGCGCCACCGGCGGCUCCCGCCAGCGAGCCAGCGCAGUGGGCGGGGGCGGCGGUGCUGAUGCUCCGCGCGCGGCGGCCCAGCAGGAGCCACGCGGCCGCAGGGGGCGCGCCCGCGGCCGCCGGGGAGCCCGCCGCGGAGGCCGUCGCCGAGCACGCCUUUGCGGCCAGGCCGUCGCCGCGCACGCACGCCCCGUUCGGGUCGGGGGCCCCGCCGUGCCGCUCCUGCUCGGGCGGCCCGGCGCCGUGCCCGCCGGGCGACGCCGCGCCUCCGCCGCCCCCGUGA